AUGCCAAAGCGAAAGUCCGAACAACCUCUAGAGAAUGCUCUGAUCGAGACAUCUCCGCCGACUAAGAGGGUGCGCAUUGAUGACGUGCCUGACGAAGAACUACCUGUCGCAAAUGGUAAAACAACGCAAGGAUUGAACGGCGACAUCAAGGCCUCAUAUGACACAACUGCACUUAAAACCGCGCAGCCUGAACAGACUGAUGAUGAUGUUGAAUCGGAGGCCGAAGAUGACACAGCGCCCGUCGCGCCACUGCGACAGAAUGCUCCAACCGAAGGUUACAGCGAUCUCUACCUAGACACGAUAAACCGAUCUUUGCUCGAUUUCGAUUUCGAAAAGCUGUGCUCCGUCACCCUCUCGAACAUCAACGUUUACGCAUGCCUAGUCUGUGGAAAAUACUUCCAAGGGCGGGGCCCGAAAUCACAUGCCUACUUUCACGCCCUCGAAGUUGAUCAUCAUGUGUAUAUCAAUAUGGAGACAAAGAAGGUGUAUGUGCUGCCGGAAGGUUAUGAAGUGCACAACAAAAGCUUGGACGAUAUCAAAUAUGUGGUCGAUCCCAAAUUCUCCGAGGAGGAGGUCAAAAAGCUGGACAAGGAGCCCAAGGAGUCGUUGGAUUUGGCGAAGAGGAGGUACAGACCAGGAUUCAUUGGAAUGAACAACAUCAAGGCCAACGAUUACCUGAAUGUGGUAGUGCAGACUUUGGCGCAUGUCGCUCCGCUGAGGAGCUUCUUCCUGCUACACUCGUUUCCUCAUACGGCGCCGCAGCUACCUGUCCGACUCAGCACGCUUGUGCGAAAACUUUGGAACCCCAAGGCAUUCAAGUCUCACGUAUCGCCACAUGAGUUGCUCCAAGAGAUUGCAUUACGGUCAUCGAAAAGGUUCACCCUGACUCAUCAAUCCGACCCCGUCGACUUCUUGUCUUGGUUCCUCAACAACCUACACCUAACUCUAGGAGGGUCCAAGACGAAGCCAUUCUCGUCCAUCAUCCAGAAGACUUUCCAAGGAAAGCUGCGAGUCGAAUCACAGGCUAUCACAGCCAAAUCCGACGAGACUGGAGAUCGUUUGAGAUUUGAAGAAUCAUCCACCAUCAACACGAACAUCACUCCCUACCUUAUCCUCACUCUCGAUCUACCACCAGUACCCCUCUUCCGCGACGCAAUCGAGUCCAAGAACAUCAUUCCGCAGGUGCCUCUCACUUCUUUGUUGCAGAAAUACAAUGGCUUGAACGCCUUGGAGAGACAGUCGCAUCGAGUUCGUCAUCGGCUGUUACACCCUCUUCCUCCAUAUCUAGUCUUCCACAUUAAACGAUUCAGCGUUAACAAGUUUGUUUCUGAGAGGAAUCCCACCAUUGUGACAUUUCCUUCUCCCCGAGGACUAGACAUGUCACCUUAUGUUGAACCGAACCCGGCGAUCCAUCCACCUGGAGAACCCAUAUACUAUGAAAUGGUGGCGAACAUCAUCCUUGAUACAACGUCGGUCUCCACCGGCGGUGGGGAGGAUUCAAAUGCAGCCGAUGCAGCAAACAAGGCUGCUGGGGCGGAGGGUCAAAAGGUGGCUUGGAAAGUCCAGCUACGAGACAAGGCCGCUGCGCACGCUCAACGGCCAGAUCUGCCUGAGUGGUUGGAGAUUCAGGAUCUAUUUGUCGACCGCGCCGAGGCGGAAACGCUUUUCACUAGGGAAAGUUACCUCAUGGUGUGGGAGCGCAGAAAGGAGAAGCCGAAAAUGGCCAAUGGGUCGGACAAAGGCAAACGCAAGGCGUAG